UAAAAUAUUUUUAUAGAUCUCUAGUUAACGCUUGGUUUAAUGACUGUCGAGACUGUCUAGCGUGAGGCUAGCUGCUAACUGUGGUGGUCUUUGUUGUAGUUAUGGCUCUUCCUCAGCUUUCAACCAGACUUUCUGGGCUCCUGGUUUGUGCUUCGUCUGUAGCCCAUCAGAGGACCUUUAGUGUGUCAGCUGUUGCAGCAGCCAUUCAGAAAAUGACAAGAGUUCGUGUUGUGGAUAACAGCUCUCUUGGAAACACACUGUAUCACCGCCCACCAAGAGUAAUCCACGUCUACACCAAGAAUGGUGUGGGAAAAGUCGGUGAUAGAGUGUUGCUUGCCAUCAAAGGACAGAAGAAGAAGGCCAUUAUUGUUGGACACAAAAUGCCUGGGGCAGUCAUGACGCCGCGUUUUGAUUCGAACAAUGUUGUUUUGAUUGAGGACAACGGGAACCCUACAGGAACAAGAAUCAAGGUCCCCAUACCCACACAUCUCCGCAAGAUAGAGGGGGACAACUCAAAACUGUUAGCAAUUGCUAGUUCAUUUGUAUAAGUUGUCAUUUAUCACUGUAGUUGUUUUUCCACACAACCAGAGCUUGUUUCACAUUUUGGCUCCAGAGCUUAAAAUGCUGACAGUAAAUUUCAACUAUUAAUUCAUUCAAGAGGUUUGUGUUAUGUUGACCUGAACACAUGAUAACACUACAUAUGCACAAGUUCUAGAGGGUAAAUAUUUAUUGAAGGCACAGCUUAUAAUUACAACACAAUUUAUUUUAACUUGCAGCAUUAACAGCACUGGUAUAACUUUAUGUCUAAGGCAUUCAGUAUUGUGAUCCCUGUAAAUGUCUUUACAGUG